AUGAAAACUUUUAGGGCAAACCAGCAAGCUUUAAAGCAUGUUCAAGGAGAUUAUGCCAGCCAAUACAGGUUGAUAAGGGACUAUGUUUUAGAGGUACACGCACGUAACCCAGAUACUACGGUUAAAAUUGAUGUUGAAAGUGAAGCGAAUCCAACUGUUGAGACAAGAACAUUCAGGCGUAUCUAUGUUUGCAUUGGAGCUUUGAAGCGAGGUUUUGCAGCGGGAAGAAGGGACUUUCUUGGACUUGAUGGAGCCUUCGUGAAAGGUCCAUAUCCAGGCCAAGUUUUGUCUGCUGUGGCAUUGGAUGGUAAUAAUGGGAUAUAUCCUUUAGCCUAUGCUUUGGUUGAAUCAGAAACAUUGAAUUCUUGGACUUGGUUUUUAAGUAAUUUGGGUGAUGACUUAGUUAUACUAACAUACAAACAUGUUACUAUUGCUAGGGGUUUGUUGCCUGCGAUUGCAACACUAUUUCCAUGUGCAGAGCAUCGCUAUUGUCUUCGUCACAUACACGACAACAUGAAAAAGAACUGGAGGGGAAAGGUGUUCAAGGAUCUUCUUUGGGAAUGUGCCACGACCUCUAAUGUACAACACUUUCAUCAAGCAAUGGAAAAACUAAAGAAGCUUAACAAUGAUGCUUAUGAGUGGCUGAAACAAAUACCUCCUCAAAGUUGGGCUCGCUCCCACUUUACUGGGAGAGCACAUUGUGAUGCUCUAACUAAUAACCUGUGUGAAGCAUUCAACAACAAGAUAGAAGAUGGUCGUGAUGCACCAAUUAUUAACUGCAUUGAGUUCAUCAGAGAGUACAUUAUGAAGAAGAUAGUCAAAGUUGACAAGGAAAUUCAGAAAGUUGUAGGUCCUUUGACUCCUACAGCUACAACAAUAUUGGAUAAGAUAAAGAGUAAGGCAGAACAGUAUGUUGCAACAUUUUGUGGUGCUGGAAAAUAUCAAGUUGUUGGACCAUGGCAAGAUCAGUGUAUUGUGGAUGUAGGUCAACAAAGUUGCACGUGCAAAAGGUGGGAAUUAACAGGAAUUCCAUGCAAACAUGGUGUGGCUGCUAUUUGGGACAUGGGGAGGAAUGACAAAGAUGUGGGAAUCCCAGAAUCAUUUGUGCAUCCAUGUUACUGGUUAUCAAGCUGGAAAGAGAUGUAUUCUUUUAAGGUUACUCCAAUCAAUGGAAGGUCCAUGUGGGAGAAGUCAGCUAUACCAACAACUCUGUUGCCUCCAAAUCAUCGUGUUCCCAUAGGAAGACCAAAGAAGAAGAGAACAAUAUCAAUUGUGGAAAAGGAGGACUUUGUUAGAGGAAACACAGCAUCGAGGGCCCAUAGAUCAGUAACAUGUACGAAGUGUAACAAUGUUGGUCACAAUGCAAGAACCUGCAAAGGGAAAAGACCAAUUGUUGGUGGGGGUGGUGGACAAUCACAAGUCAAAGGAAAAGGGAAAGGGAAGGCAACCACUUGA